UUUCUCUUUCCCACUUUAUUUAUUCAUUACAAAAUUUCACAUUAAUUUCUUCCCGCGCGCACAUUGUUUCUCUCUUUCCUUCCCCAUCCUCUCCUCUUCCUCUUCCUCCGCCAUUCGAUUUCACUACCUCCUCCGUUUCAGCUUCUCCAAGGAAGGUUGAUCUAUCAUGAAAGCAGGGAGGUCGAAAGAAAGCAAAGCUGUUAAGGCUUCUGGAAAAUCCGGUCUAAAAACAAGAUCCACUGGAGUGAAAAAUUCUUCCAAGAAAGCAAAUAAAUUGGAUCACAAAGCAAGAGGUUGCAGUGAGGAAUUGUUGUCUGACAAAGAGAAUCAGCAUUUUCCAGUUAAGGAAUCUGGGGGAUUGUGCGCAGAGCAUCCUACUGAAGAUACAUUUCAUGUGAAAUUGAGAGAAGCUCCUGAAGUUGAUCUUCAUCCAAGACGAACACUCACUUCUUCUGCAAAAAUCAAAUUGCAGCUUUUUCCAGCAAAUGAAGAAAUUCGAACGGGACUUGAAAAGGACGGGCAUAAUCCAUACUUAGAACUUACGCUAAGUGGUAGAAAGAAAAUUUCUUCAGUUCUAAGACACAUUGAAAAGAAGUGGGGAAGUUCAAGUACAGCCAAAGGGGAGCCCAUGCUAUUUCCUUACGACAGAAUGGGAAAUCUAUCUGAAUGCAGAAGGUGGACGAUUAAUGAUAGUGACACUACAGCCACAGCUGUCUAUGCUGCUGUUGGAAACCCCUCAAUUUUCCGGUUGAAGUAUGGUUGGUUUAAUAUACAUGAACCUACAUCAUUGGGUAUAUCCUCCAUGCUGGUUCCCUGUGUGUUUGGCGUACAGUCACGAGAAACAGCCACAGGUCGCGUUGCUAAUUUAAAGACUUUAUGCGAUGAGCGGGACAAGAUUGAGGCAACUGCAGAAUACAAAACAACUGACAUGGGCAAUGUAACAAGUGAAAUUGAGGCUCAGCAUAUGAACAAGGAAUCUACUGAUCCUCAGGAUAAUGAGCCAAAAGAAGGUUGCAGCCUUCAACAAACAUCAUUGCAAUGGGUUGAUUGUCUAGACAAUAUAAGCAUUGGUGGCCUCCUGUCCGAAGCAUCAUUACUUGGAAAGUUUGAUUCAAAAUUAUUUGGCAGCAAUGCUACCAGUCAAACAGGUCAUUUAAUAUCAGAUUCAUUGGAUGCUUUUAUCAACUGCAGAAUUAAUCCUCCUCCUGUUUCAACACAAUCUGCUGGAGCCUUGCGCACCUCAAUAUUGGAUGCUGAAGAAACAUGUCAUGCAUUUGCUCUUAAGAAGUUAUCUCCCCUAGCAGAUGUGCAAACUGCUAGUGCAACAGAAACAGUUUAUUCUGCAGCCCGUGGUCAGGAUGCAUCUUCAAACUUAUUCAAGCUUCCAUGUACAGACAAGGUUAAUGAUCAAGUUGGACUUUCACAAAAUCCCUCGUCUCAGAAGACUCAAACAGAUUCGAUGCUUUCUUCACGUUUGUUUGAUGAUGAAAGAAGUCUUGGGUUAACAGGCAUCAACUGGAAUGACUCUUUGGGACCUUUCGAUCUUGGCAUGCCAGCAAAGAAACGCAUUGGCGGAGAUGGUGUUAGUAUUGGUGAAUUUGUUAAAUAGGAGCUUAGAUGUAAGUUAGUGCGUGUUUGGUUUAUAAGUGAGGCACAUUAGAAUGUACUUCUAAAUAAGUUGUUGUGAACUCAGCAUGUGUCUCCCCUUUUCCAACUCCAAUCCAAACACACUAGUAGAAAAGAAAAGAUAAGAACUUUUUUUGUUACUUAAUAGAAUCACUUGUUGUAGAGAGUCUAAAGACCAGGGUGAAAAUGAUAAGAAAGAAACGAGGGAGAAAAUACCGAGUUUCCAAGUGUUAAAAUCAUAGUUUGGGGACUUGCAUUUUGCUCUUGAAUGAUCUUGAAUUAGUUCUGAUAUACUAAUUAUUUUCAAUUCGGUUGCUUUGCCA